GGUCACCUGCUCCAGCUACACACGUGCUGCUCCGCGCAUUUCAAGAUCAAGAUGGCAGCCUCGGUGUGUCGGUGCUACGAGCUGGUUGGCAGACGUGCCUUGGCCCUGAGCUCCCGGUCUCUGGUCGCCUCAGUGUGGAGAGGAGAUGCAUACACGUUACACAGGAACCCUGCUGCACCUGUGCAGGUUCGAUAUGCUUCGGGACGUAAAGGUUUCUUCGGGGAGUUUGUGGAUAACCUUCGUCAGGAGUUAAGUAAGAAUCAAGAGAUGAAGGAGAACAUAAAGAAGUUCAGGGAAGAGGCCAAGAGGCUUGAGGAGUCUGACGCUCUCCAACAGGCCCGCAAGAAAUAUAAAUCUAUAGAGGCUGAGACAGUGAAGACUUCAGAGGUGUUUAAGAAGACUUUAGGCUCCCUGUCAGAGACUGUCAAAGAGGGUCUUGAGGAGGUGAGUCGCACUGACAUCGGGAAGAAGAUCAAGGAGGGUGUGGAGGAGGCAGCCAGGACAGCCAUGCACUCUGCCGAGUCUGUCUCUAAAGGAGGAGAAAAACUGGGCAGGACCAGCGCGUUCAAGGCCAUCUCACAGAGUGUGGAAACCAUGAAGAAGGAGAUAGAUGUCGGUGAUGCCGGCCCGUACAGAGCUCCCUCUCAGCUGAGGAAGAGAAGCGAUUUCUCCUCUAAAGGAGCAGACAGCGACUCCAGAGUGUUCGAGGCCAAUGAAGAGGCUAUGGGUGUGGUUCUCCACAAGGAUUCAAAGUGGUACCAGCAGUGGAAGGACUUCAAGGACAAUAACGUAGUUUUUAACAGAUUCUUUGAGAUGAAGAUGAAAUAUGAUGAAAGCGACAAUGCCCUCAUCAGAGCAUCCAGAGCUGUCACUGACAGAGUCACUGGUUUCCUAGGCGGUCUCUUCUCCAAGACAGAAAUGUCAGAGGUGCUGACAGAGAUCGUGAAGGCAGACCCCACCUUUGACAAAGACUCUUUCCUCAAACAGUGUGAGAAAGACAUCAUCCCUAACAUACUGGAGGCUAUGAUCCGUGGAGAGCUGGACGUGUUGAAAGACUGGUGCUAUGAAGCUACAUACAGUCAGCUGGCCCACCCCAUCCAACAGGCCAGAGCGCUCGGGCUGCUCUUCCAGUCCAAAAUCCUUGACAUUGAUAACAUAGAUUUAGCGAUGGGCAAGAUGAUGGACCAGGGCCCAGUGUUGAUCAUCACCUUCCAGGCUCAGGUCGUCAUGGUGAUCCGCAGCCCCAAAGGGGACAUUGUCGAGGGAGAUCCGGAGAAGGUGUUGAGGAUGAUGUAUGUUUGGGCGUUGUGUCGUGACCAGGAGGAGCUGAACCCCAACGCAGCCUGGAGACUCCUGGACAUCUCCGCCUCCAGCACCGAGCAAGUCCUCUAGGAAGGAGGAACGCAGGUGAAAAGGUCCACGUGGGAAACAUGAACUGAGAACAGGGACGGAAGAUUCAAGGACGUGCCUGGAAUACCUGCACAUACUGACUCAUAUAUUUAUACAUUAACAUCUGAGGGCAGAGAAUCCUGCUGUUACGCCACAGACUGUAUUCACACACAGUAUAUAUAUAGUCAUCCACUCUAAGGAGUGAAAAUAUACAUGAACAAGGAGAUAAAAUACCGGUGUAUGUGAUAUAUCCAUUAGAAAACUGUGUUCACCUACAUGUGUGUGUAGUCUCUUGCACUGGUUAGGUCAGUGUUUGGGUCUCCUUGUGGACUGUGUAAAAACAUGUACACUAUAAUAUAUUAUUGACAUAGAUAGAACUUUUUCACCAACUGGCUAAAAGACGAGCCUGUGCCAUUUCCCCCAUUGUAUCACCCAGUGGUACAGUUAGACCAUACCCGCCUGGUGGCUGCAUCCAAGACUCGUUUGGAAGAAAAAAAAAAAAAACGUCAUAGUGCCUGUGACUUCACCCAUUGGUCUCGAGGGGGACGUUUGAACAAGGACCAUAAACUACUGGUUUUAAGGUUUCAUGCUCACCGCUGUCUUUGUCAAGUGAUGUACACAGAAAAUUCAAAUUUGGCCAGCAGCAUGGAGCCUUGUUGCAGCAACCAACAUUGCUGGGUGGGGCAGCAUGAGAGACCUUUUUCAUUAGAGCAAACGGGUCCCAUGCUUCAAGUUAACAAGGCAGUCUAUCAGUUUUCUUGACAAGAAGUCUACUCAGCCUUUGAAAGCAGUUGUAUUAUGCCUUCUGUGGAUCUGGAGGGAGCUCUCUAAAAUCUGAUAAAUUAACGCUUAUUAUUUUAUCUAUAUGUCCAUAGAGUAACCUCGCAUUAGGCUGGAGACUUUUUUAAACAGACAGCCUGUGUUACAAACUGAGGCUGUGGAGCUUGAAAGAAAUUAGCGUUUAUCUAGCAGGAAGGCUUGAACAAAAGAUUACGGGCAUCCAGUGUUUUUUUUCGAGCUUGACCCCAUACUGUGGAUGAAAAGUCUGGAUAUCUCAACCGUUGCUGCCUCAAUUUCAAACAUUCAGUUUAGAAAUAUGUCUCUUGUGGGUCUCCCAACUUCAUGGAAGUGUAAUACUUAAUCCCUAAUGUACCACUUUAAGCCUGAAUCGCAAACAGUACUUCCUGCAACUAGAUUUAUAAUUUGCCUGUAUCUGUGAGGGUCUUCACCUAUGCAGACACCCAGUGUAAUGUAAACAGACCUGCAUGUCUACUGUCUGUAUAUCCUUUAGUGUGACCCCUUAAUCAAACAAAACAUGAUUACAUGUUUCUAAUCGCCACAGAAACGCUCAAAAGUGGAGGUGAAAUUAACUAAUGAGAUGCUGUUAGAGAGAAACGUUGUGGUUGCUGCUGCUUGGUUCCUGCCGGCAUCAGAAAUGUAUCAAAAACUAGAUACCUGUGCAACAAGUAAGAUGAAGUUUAAACCCUGUAAUAGCUGUAGCUCGGAGCGCUCAAUGCACUACAACUUGAAAAACCACAAGCAACCAGAGAAAACACAUCCUCGUGUUUGUAUUUGUAGUACAUUUUGUUUUCGCGAUUUGCAGUGCAUUAGACUCUGAUUCACCAUCAGAAGAAAUGUAUCUACAUAUCAAUGAGCUCUUAACUCCUUAUAAUAUAUCAAAUGUCCAGAACUGCUUCUCUGUAAGCCUGGGUGGGACCACAUUCAACUAUCGUCAUCAGGGCAGCUUUAUUGUUUGAGAAUCAUUUGCCAUCUCAUGUUGCACAUUUUUCAGCUGUUGUCUUAUUAUCUAACUGUUUGGUUCACUGUUGUGUGCGUGGCGUUUCUAAGGGGUAAGCACUGAAGAUGAAACCUCGAAUGAAUGACCUCAUGACUGUACUCUUGUGUUGACUGUUUUUGACAUUUAUACUGUGUGACCAUGCGGGUCUCUACUCGCAUGUCACUGAAUAUUGAACACGUUGUGAUUGAUUACUGUAUGUCUUUUCUUGACUCAUUCACCUAGAAAGACGUCCAUACCUGUGAGGAGAAGUUGAUCUCCUGGUGAUUAAAUGCCAUUAAUGGUCAAACCAUGUGAGAUGGUUUGUUACUAACAGCACUAAAAUUCAUGAGUAUCCCUGACGGUCACGCCGUGCUUGACUCUCAUUCUCUUCGUCUUGAGUCUCGGUGUUUUGCUGAUGAUGUGUUAUCCACUACAUGGUUGUGUUAUUGAGAGAAAGAAACAGGAUGAAUUAUGCAGCUGAAUUUUUCGCCACUCUCGGUGGCAAAAAAUAAAAUCCGCCAAACAGGGCAACGCUCACCAUAAAAUGUGCACUUUGAAUCACAACUGGAAGAGGUGAGAGGACAAAACCUGCAGUGAAAGAGUAGGCAGGUAUAUUACUCUUAUACAAUUUAUUUGGCACAUUCUUUCUGCCCAGAGGACAAACCUGUUCCACGUUGGGCACUUCAUGAGCUUCCCUACGGUGCCAUUACGAGCCAAAAUGUUAUUCUUCGCACACAAAAUACUAUUUCUCAUUAUUUAAAGUUGAGAUUGCCAAGAUGUCCAUACAGCCUUUCCUCCAGCAUCACCGUAAGGAGAAACUUUUAUAGUGUUUGUUCUAUGCAACACUUUAACAUCGUGGGCUAUAAUGAGCUUAACGGUCUGGUCAUUUCUGUAUAUUAACGAAUGCACAAAUAUGCUCCAGUCAGUCAACUGUGUAAGAGUUUUACAGGUUUAGUCUAUCUAUUAAUGUAUUAGAUUAUUUUUCUCUCUACUUGAUCGGAAUAAAGAAGAAAUGAACAAUUCCUCAGAUUGGUGUACAACGAGUGACAGCUUCCUGACUUGUUAGAAUAUUUAAAAGAAAUAAAUCUGUUGUGUCAUUUAUGGUUUAGGAAAUCGGAGGGUUUGCUUGUUCUUGCCACAUUUUCCCACGAUUAAGAGAAAAUUCUCUGUACUGUACAGUGUAUAUGCAUUUUGGAGAUUUACACAUUACAUCCAUCUUUCAACUACAUUCAUGAUUUUAUCUUUGAGUUGACCAAAGAGAAAUAUUCACCAGUUUUUCUAUUUUUAUCCAGUAAUAUGUUCAUCUGCAGAAUAAAGAGCGCUGUAUUAUGAUUUGCUUCGUCCAAGCUUU